AUGGGACAUAGUGUAGUUUCUUCUUCUCUUAUUCUUGUCCCAAUGUUACUUCUUUUCUCUUUGUUUCUAUCACCAACCAAAGCCAUUCAAAAGUCUUACAUUGUGUACAUGGGAGCACAUUCGCAUGGCCCAAACCCUACCUCGGUUGAUCUAGAAACCGCCACAUCUUCUCAUUACACCUUGCUCGGAACUUACAAGGGGAGCGAGGAAAAGGCAAAAGAUUCCAUUCUUUACUCAUAUAAUAGAUACAUUAAUGGCUUUGCAGCAGUUCUUGAUGAGGCUGAAGCUUCUGAGAUUGCAAAGCAUCCAAAAGUGUUGUCGGUUUUCGAAAGCAAACCAAAGAAACUACAUACAACCCAUUCAUGGUCUUUUCUUGAUUUGGAGCAAAAUGGUGUUAUUCCCAAGAGUUCAUUAUGGAAAAAGGCGCGAUAUGGUGAAAAUACAAUUAUCGGAAACCUAGACACAGGUGCUUGGCCAGAAUCAAAGAGUUUUAGUGAUGAAGGGAUUGGACCCAUCCCAAAGAAGUGGAAAGGAAUUUGCCAAGAUGAUGUCAAAGAUGGGUUUCGCUGUAACAGGAAGCUUAUAGGAGCAAGGUACUUCAACAAAGGCUACUCAAUGUUUCUCCAGCUUGUGAACCGUAAAAUAACCCCUAAACUCAACAAAACCAUGUACACACCCCGAGACCAUGCCGGUCAUGGCACCCACACUUUAUCCACUGCGGGAGGCGGCUUUGUUCCCGGGGCAAAUGUGUUCAACAACGGGAAUGGCACUGCCAAGGGUGGCUCUCCCAAGGCACGCGUGGCUGCAUACAAGGUAUGCUGGGAAGGAGAAAUGUGCUUUGACUCUGACAUUUUGGCCGGUUUUGAGGCUGCAAUUGCUGAUGGAGUUGAUGUGCUCUCGGUCUCUCUGGGCGGUUCUGUUACCGAGUUUUUUGAAGAUGCUAUUUCAAUUGGCUCUUUUCAUGCCAUUAAGAAUGGUAUUGUGGUUGUUGCUUCUGCUGGCAAUGCUGGACCGACUGAAGGGUCUGUUGGUAAUGGGGCGCCAUGGAUUAUAACCGUUGGAGCUAGCACAAUUGACCGAGAAUUCAAUGCUUUCGUUUCUCUUGGAAAUGGAAAGCACCUCAAGGUGAGUGAAGAGAGCCUCACAUUCACUAAUUUUUUUAAAAAAAAUUUUAAUUUCAGAUUGUUAUGUAAACCUAACACUGUUGAUCCCAAGAAGGUGAAGGAGAAGAUCUUAGUUUGCGUUAGAGGCGACAUUGCUCGAAUCGAAAAGGGUCAAGAGGCCGCUCUUGCCGGUGCAGUUGGAAUGAUUCUUGUUAAUGAUCUCAUUAGUGGAAAUGAUCUCAUUGCUGAUCCUCAUUUUCUUCCAGCUUCUCAUAUCAGUUACAAUGAUGGGAAUUUGGUCUUUAACUACAUCAAAUCAACCAAGUCUCCUAUGGCAUACAUUGCUCAAGCAACCACUGUCUUUGAUGUGAAGCGAUCUCCAUCCAUGGCUUCAUUCUCUUCUAGAGGGCCUAAUACCAUUGAACCAACUAUUCUCAAGCCUGACAUAACAGCUCCUGGAGUGAACAUAAUUGCUGCAUACACAGAAGCAACAGGACCGUCCGAUAUUGAAUCAGAUCACCGUCGAGUUCCAUUCAAUGUCGAGUCGGGAACAUCCAUGUCAUGCCCUCAUGUUUCUGGAGUUGUUGGCCUUCUUAAAACACUUCAUCCAAAUUGGAGUGCAGCUGCUAUAAAAUCAGCUAUAAUGACAACAGCCAAAACUAGAGAUGGGACUAUAAAACCAAUAAUGGACUCAACCAUGAAAAAGGCAACACCUUUUGCCUAUGGUGCUGGCCAUAUCCAACCAAACCGAGCUAUGGACCCUGGACUUGUCUACGACAUAACCAUCGACGAUUACUUAAACUUCUUAUGUGCUCGUGGAUACAAUGCAACCGCCCUUCAAGUAUUCGCUAACAAAUCAUACAAAUGCCCUAAGUCUUUCAACAUGGCUAACCUUAACUACCCUUCAAUUUCAGUCCCUCGAGUUGGUUCGCGAUUGGUGACUAUUACUAGAAGAGUUAGGAAUGUUGGCACUCGGGGGACCUACAAGGCUUUUGUGAGAGCCCCGAUUGGAUUUUCGGCUUAUGUAAAGCCUGCAAUGUUGAAAUUUAACAAAAUUGGUGAGGAGAAAACAUUUGAGAUUGUUUUGAAGGCUAAGGUUGUUGGAAAUAAGCCUAUUAAGGAUUAUGUUUUUGGAGAGUUGAAAUGGUCUGAUGGAAAACACACUGUGAGGAGUCCUAUUACAGUGAAGUACUAAUUAAGAUGAUUAAUUAAUUUGUCAAUUAAUUACAAUUUCUUGUAAAUGUAUAAGUAUUUCAUGUGAAAAAAGCUAUUUCUUUCUGGGAUAUAUGAAGUAAUUAUGUAAAAGAUUGUAUUUGGAAUUUUCAUAGUUUCAUUUUAACUUAUUUCUUUUCCAUACCCAAUUGAUCCCCCUAAAUUACUAUUUUAAAUGUAUGUAAUAAAACUAAAUAAAAUUUGGAAAAACAA